GGUGGCCAACAAUCUCGCUCAGUUAUUAGUUCACCUACUUUGUCAUGUCCGCUUGUUGACCUAUCUAGCAAUAAACGCUUCUUUUCAUCAGGUGACUCCCGGUUAUCGGCAGUUAGUAGCCAGAUGUCCUGUCUGCUGACUCCACUCUCCGCUGUGCCUGGCACCCUCAUCGAUGUAUAUUUAGGAAAUCUGGAUUUCUUCUUCAUUCGUGAAACCACGGAUGUACGCGAGUUUGGUGGCAUUGGUGGCUUCAUCCAUGCCAGUUUGACUGAAGCUCAGGCUGUUGUCGGGGCCCACACCACAAGCCUAGGUGGUAACGCACUACUCUCAUAUAGACUCAGCGAAUUGGAUGUUAUUCAUCAGACAUCCAGAAACCAGGCGCAAUGCCUACUUAAUGUAUGCGGAGAUAUGGCUUAUUUGGUCAGUCUUGACGGUUUGGCCUAA